UCAAAAAUGCUCUUAUACGUAACUUAAUGUUAACACUUCUCAAAGAAUUCAAAAAGGCAAGGUUCACGCAUGUCCCGACCCAUAACCAGGCUUAUGUAUAAAGCCCCCUCUUGGAGGCACUUGGUGACCAUAGCCAUUCAUCCCGUCCUCCCACAGUGAUUUGAGAGAGAAAAUAAUACUCCAAAUAUAUCGUCAAAAUGCCUGUGAGAAUCCCUCGUGAUAGCCCAAUGAAGAUAAUUCCUGAUCCAAAUCGCAAGACAGGUCCAGAUGACGCGGUUAUAAUGCAGAAAAUAAUGGGAAAAUUGAGAGAAGCAGAUAGCAACAACGACGGUCGUUACGACAAAGAUGAGCUGAAGCAUGCUCUCAAGGGUUUAGGUGCCAUCCUCCCUGGGUGGAGAGCCAACCGUUGUUUUGGAAGGGUUGAUGCCAACCACGACGGUGAGAUUAGUGGCGCUGAAAUUGAAGCUCUCCUUCAAUAUCUCCGUUCUCAUGGCUUACGUGAAGGGGACAUUAAUUUGUGGGCAUAAGAAUCGUGGAAGGCAUGAGGAUCUGGAAUCUGGUGUUGAUUUUGGGUGGUUAGAGAUAUGCUAUAUAUUAUCCAGCUUAUUCUUUUCCAGGGGAUAUUAUAUUUUGUAUUUUCAC